GGGAAUGCUCUACUCUUCUUUUUACGAUCCGAUGUUUUUGUGUAUCUGUAAAUACAAUGACAAUCAAUGGGCGGUAGAAAUAUUGUAGGAUGGUCUUUCAUUUUUGAAUUAUCAUACUAAUGAGUGACUGAUUUCACAGUUUCAUUUGUUUUCCUGUGAAAAGGAAUUGUGGUGUACACUCAGUGUGUUGACUAGCGGUUGCUGCAAGAAAAUUAUUUUGGAACAUUAUCUGAAAAACAUGGGUUGUGCUCUGGACACCUGCAGAGACACAGACAGUGAAGUAAGUACCCCUGAAGGGGAACCAGAAGAAACUCAACCACCAGUUGCCGCAUCGCAAUCAAGACCACUAUCAGUACCACCAUCAGUACCACCACCAUCACCACCAUUAGAACCGCCAUCAGUAUCACAAGCACUAGCAUCAUCAGUAUAUCAACUGCCAGAUGCAGUUGUAAUCCAAAUUACUGACGAGAUUCGAGCGGUAUUGAACCUGAUGCCACCAGAAUUUCAGGCUCCUGUUGACUAUGAAUUUACACUUCCUCCCGAUGCCUCAACUGAAAUGGAUGACACAUUUCCGCAAUGUCAAAGAGGACAGGCUACCAGAGCUCCAAGCAACUUCACAAUUGUAGACCGCAACGUGUGUUACAGGAGUUUUCCACCUACCACAAACGGGAGAAAAAUGUGGAACAAGCGAAUGAAACGGCAGGGAUAUGGCAUUUACGAAGGACCAAGGUCCAUAUUCCAUGGAGGCAGAGUAACUAGAGGAAGCUUGUCAGUAUGUCGUCGUUGUUCCAGAGAAAUUGAGAGAUCUUUGCCAGUCUCUAGCUAAGGGCAAGACAGAACGGAAUUACUCGUAGUCAUAGGAGCCACAUCUGUGUUUGUGCAAGAAUGCUAUAAUACUGGUUUUGUAACAUCAAAUAUUAUGUGUUUUGAAGAACGUUCAGAAUGUUUUUCAAAUACUUAUAUAUGAAGUUAUAACUGGAAUGAAAUCCAUAGCUGCUAUUGUUCCUUUCUAGAAAAUAAUUCAAAAAUAUUGACCAUUCAGUUUUCACUUAAGAGGAAGAAACGACCCCUCUUUUUCAAAAGAGGGAAAUUCAUUGAUCCUCAAUUUCUUCAUGAUAUUUUGUGAAAACUUGUAUCGAUUGAUUCCUGUUUCAGUAUUAUUCUCACAAAAAAAAAUACUAAUUACUUUCAUUUCGUGCCGAAUUCCUGAAAAUAUAAUCGAAACAUAAUUGAUUACAAUUUUUUUCUGAACAAGCUCCCAUAUGGUUUUUAUCAUUAUCUAAAAAUAGUUAACCUUUCAUUUCCAACUACCUAUCAUAAAGAAAUUACGGGAAAAAUGUGAAGUGAAACUAUAAUUUGACUUUGUAGUGGAAACAUUUCAAAUCUUAUUCAAAAAGGAGCCUACAUAAUAUUUUUGUUAAGUUCAUAUAUCAAAAUACUCUGAUGUACGCCAAUUCAUGUUUCGAUAACAGACAGUGUGUGCUUCAAUUUAAAUUUUUGAACUCCAUUAAUAUUUCAAAUUAAGGUUGAUGAUAGCAGGUGCCAUAUUAUGUAAUCAAUGUACGAGAGGAUUCAUACCAACAACCAGAAAAUGUGAAUUUACAGGUUUCUGGUUACUUUAUUACAAUUCGAAAGUAAUACAAUUUUACGAAUAUGACAAAAUCCUGAACAUGAAAUUCAAUAAAAUAAAUAUAAGCACAGAAUAUUUCUGUUAAUAUUUUCGUAUAAUAUGAAACGGCUCACAGAUUUGUAUAUAAUGAAUAUUAACGUAUACGUGUAUUUCUAAAAAACAUGAUUCUCAUGAAAAUGUAGCUAUUUAAAAAAUUAUAGUUGGGUUCGUCAUACUCAGGAGAAUGAAAGUAGUAUGUAUUUGGUGACAUGGAUCUUUUUUUUUGUGGAUGAUAGUUCUGUUUCUGAUAAAUUGUAUUGACUGAACUGAGUAUUCCGAAUAUUUUAAAGUGAAAAACAUUUUUUGCAAUUGAUUUGGAUUUCCAGUGUUAUAUUUGUAUUUCGUGUUUUAAAUUUGAGUGGACCAUUCCACGAAUGGAUUUGUAAAUAACGUCCAAAAUUUGUUUUAGAUAUAUAAUGUUUCAUUUGAUGACUGAAAUGUUAACUAAUUCGCUGUGAUAUUGACUAGGUAUUAGAGAGAUAUGUGACUAUUUUUUAUAUGAAUAUAUUAUAUACUGAAUGAG